AUGGAUGGAGCCAACGAAUCUGUGGUAUCUGAGUUUGUGUUCCUGGGACUCUCCAAUUCAUGGGAGGUCCAGCUUCUCCUUGUCCUCUUUUCCUCUGUGUUCUACAUGGCAAGCCUAAUGGGAAACCUCCUCAUUGUGUUUUCUGUGAGCACUGACCCUACCUUGCACUCUCCUAUGUACUUCCUGCUGGCCAACCUCUCCUUUCUUGAUGUGGGAGUUUGCUCUAUUGCAGCCCCUAAAAUGAUUUAUGACCUUUUAAGAAAACGCAAAGCCAUCUCUUUUGGAGGCUGUAUAUCUCAGAUCUUCUUUAUUCAUGCUAUUGGGGGCACAGAAAUGGUGCUGCUCAUUGCCAUGGCCUUUGACAGAUAUGUUGCCAUUUGUAAACCUCUCCACUACCUGACCAUCAUGAGCCCACGAAUGUGUGUUUUGAUUCUGGCUGCAGCCUGGGUCCUUGGCCUCAUCCACUCAGUGGCCCAACUGGCGUUUGUUGUAGACUUGCCCUUCUGUGGUCCUAAUGUAUUGGACAGUUUUUAUUGUGACCUUCCCCAACUCAUUAAACUCGCUUGCACAGAGACCAAUAGACUGGAGUUCAUGGUCACAGCCAAUAGUGGACUAAUUUCUGUGGGUUCCUUCUUUAUACUGAUUAUUUCUUACAUCAUCAUUCUGGCCACAGUUUGGAAACACUCUUCAGGUGGAUUAUCCAAGGCCCUCUCUACUUUGUCAGCUCAUGUCACUGUGGUGGUUUUAUUCUUUGGACCAUUAAUCUUCUUCUACACCUGGCCCUUCCCCUCAUCACACUUGGAUAAAUUUCUUGCUAUCUUUGAUGCAGUUCUCACCCCUUUUCUGAAUCCUGUCAUCUACACAUUCAGGAACAAGGAGAUGAAGGCAGCAAUGAAGAAACUCUGUUAUCAGCUUGUGAGUUACAGGAAGAUGUACUAA